UUCUUUUUUUAGGGGGAGGUGUCUAAACAUCCAGAACUGGGGAAGUUACAGACACGUAAUGGAGUCAGUCAUUAUAAUGUCAGACUACCACAGUGCAGCAUCUCAGAGUGACCGUGGCUGAAGGCUCUCAUCCAGACUCCUGAACUCAGCUUCGGGGUGUUUCCUCUGCGUUUUCUGCUGCUCGCCCUUGGACGACCCGUCUCUGGCUCCGUUCCCUGCUGCUCCGCCUGCUCUUCCCCGUUUUCAGUUACCCAAGGUCACAGGAAGAGGCAGUGAAAGCACGUCUGGCUUAGCCUCACUGCCUUUAAAGGUCACCUUCACACCAUGCCUGUGUUAGAGUGGGCGGGGCCAGGCUCACCUGACCAGGCACACCUGAGCAGGAUUCCCAUCGCGUUCAUUAGCACCGGCGCCAACUGUGCUAACAAAAUAAUAAAGGGAGAGGUGGUUCACAAAGGCCCAUUGGUUAAUUUAAAUGCUAAUAAAUUCAUUCUGAAAGCUGUGAUCCAAGACUAUGACUCUUCAUACCCCUUGUGUCAGACUCCAUCCAUCAAUGUUGUCUUGUUAGACGCACUGGCCAAGGAUUUCAAUCAAGCUGUCAAUCAAGGGGAUGUGGUGGCGGCCUCUGGCUUCACUGUCGGCAAGUCUCCGACAGUUCAAAAGGACAAGCUGCACCCCUUUAACCUGCUGUUGUCUGGAGACGCUUGUAUUUAUGUGUUUCGCCAGACUCCUUCUGCCUCCAGACCCUCAGCAGUCAUCAAGGAAAGCAGCAGACUCUCCAAACAGGUUUUUAAAAGGCCCAAAACUCCAAAAUACACAUAUGUCAAGUUGGGUGACCUGAAGCCUAAAUGUGUAGUCAACGUGUAUGGAGUUGUUGUCUUCUUCAAACAACCAUUUAAGAGUCGGGGAACAGACUUCUGCUCCACCUUAAAGAUCACAGACCAGUCCAACCAGAACAUCAGCUGCACCAUCUUCUGUGAGAAACUGGAGGAUCAUCCCAAAAUCUUUCAAAAUGGCGACAUUGUCCGCAUGCACAGAGUGAAGACCCAGUUCUACAACGGCUCCAUCAUGCUGGUCAACACCCACGGUUUCUCUGUGGUGACGUUUGACGGGACGGUUGGCGCAGACGUCGAGCCGCGGACCUCCAGCCGUUUCCCAAACUUGGAGCAGGAGGAUCGCCGGACUGUGGAGCAGCUUCGGUCCUGGGCAGCUAGCGAGGGGCUGCUACCGGCUGUUCCUUCGAUCCCUCUGUCCGACGCUCAGCCCAAAGCAUACUUUAACCUCACCUGCCAGCUGCUCGCCAAAGCGCCCGUCGACUCCACCUGCACUUUGCUGAGGGUCUGGGAUGGAACCAGGUGUCCUUGGAGUCUUCUGAAUGUGAUCGUUGAGCCAGAUGUCAUGGAGGGACCAUCCAUGUUCUCCAAGGAAAGAGAGAAGCUCAUCGCCAACAUCCUCGUCUAUGACAACCACGCAGAGUUCGCCAGGCAGCUGAAGCCGGGCGACUUUCUGAGGAUCUACAACCUGCGGGCGAUUCCAGGAUCCAAGAAGGUGCCGGGUCUCGCGGGCAGCCAGUCGGCGGAGGAGGAUCACCUGGCGUUUCACCUGCACGGAGGCACAGCGUACGGCAGAGGCAUGCGGGUUCUCCCAGAAAGCAGCCCAGAUGUGCAACAGCUGAAGAGGGUGAUUGAGGGCUUUCUGGAACGUGAGGAUGAGGAAAUCGACGAGGUGAAUGACUCAGAGUUGUUGGAAAUCGCGUGCACUCCACCAGAAUCUCCAAGUGUGGAGGCGGCGAAAUGCAGCGCAGAGAGGAGGUGCAGCCAUGACGUGCAGCCAGAGACGCUUGCUGACCUGAAGCAGCGUGACCGCGGGCGAGUCCACCACGUCAGAGUGCAGCUGAGUUCCUACGAGCCGCACAGACUCCACCAGGCCCUGAAACUCUACUGCAGCAAGUGCACGUUAAUGCAGGAAAUCCCUGAUGACGAGGUGGUGGCCAGUCUGUUCUCCGAGGCAUCGAAAGGCAGCGAGUCCUUCAGUCCUCCAGCGUGGACGGCCUCUGGGAGCGUUGAGGUCCCCGGCGACUCCCUGGCAUCCCCGAACCGGACUCUGCACGUCCACCUGUCCAGUCAGCUGGUGUAUGAAAGGAAAAGCAGAGAGCUCAUGUUCCUAAUGGGUUCCACUCUGGAGGAAACGUGUCGACUGGCAGCCGGCUACCGUCACAUCGUCCCUGUGAGGUCGAGGGGAGGUGGCCUGGAGCUGCUGGACCUGACCGCUCCGUUCCUGUUCAGGGGGAGGAAGAGAUACUACGGGUGUAAGCGGUGCUCGCAGCCGACGCUGAAGGAGCCGAAUGUCGAAGGAGACGCGGUGAUGGACAAGAAGGUCGUUGCUGAAGCUCUCGGCGUUCAGCUGAUGCAGUCCGUGCUGCUGAUGAAGCUGGAGCUGCGGGACGCCACCGACACGCUGGAAGCCUUCCUGUGGAGAGACGCCGAGCUGUUCUUCAGCCUGUCACCAGAGGAUGUAGCAGCCAGUCAAGAGGCUCAAAACAGCAUCCGCUUCGCCCUGGAGUCGCUCUGUCCACCAGGGGGCAGCGUGGGUCAGCGUCCGUGGCUGGAUCUGUGUCUGGUGGCCUACGAAGCAGAGGAUGAUGGAGGACAGAGACGAACCUGCUACCAGGUCUGUCACUCCACCAUCACUAGAGCCACGUUGGCGCGGUCAGACCCUGAUCCGGCCUGAGCCAGCUGCAGGUCAAAGGUCACUAUGAGUGUUCUGCAAGAAAAGCUGUUGCUGUUCAUAGUUUGUAGUGUCUUGUUCCCUUUCAGUUCAUUUGUAUUUUUUAUACUUGCACAGAUGUACAGAAUUUUUAAUAGAUUGUGGUUUUAGACUUCCUCCUGUUUGACCUUCUAUGCUCUUUUAAUGUCUCUUUCAAAAUAAAAGACCUAACAACUUUUC